CAGCAGCGGUGCAGCAGCAGCAGCAACAGGCAGUACUGUGGCCUACAACAACCAUGACAGAUCAUGACCUUGACAACAAUGUCUUCUACAAACAUCUUCAGGAACACCAUGGAGAAGAGAUGGCAAGAUGGUGUGAACCCAACUGGGUAAUAUGUGUGCCCCAGCAGUCUGCCAUAGAGAAUAUACCUCUUACACUACCUAUCAUAGAAGCACAUGCUCUGAAGCAGUAUAGCUCAACUGGUCAAUAUGUAAGCGCUCUGUGUGGAGAGGGCUUGAUAUAUGAAAUUACUGGUGAGGAACCGCGAGUCAUCAUCUCCAAUGAAGAAGAGGGAACAGAGGUUGUGGUUUCAAAGGCAACUGUUCUUAAUGAGUACCUGAUCACUGUAAAGGAUAAAGUUAUUCAUAUUUUGCUGUUAGACAGAUUGCUCAGUACUACACAGGAUCAAGAUACUGAAGUGUCAACUCAGCUGCUCUCAACAACAAUCACCUCGUUUGCUCAAGCAGAAGUUUUCUUGCGCAAGUUCCGCUGUCACCAGCCACUCCUUCAAGAGAUUGAUAAAAAGGUGUUGGAAGCCUCUAAGCACAUUCAUCCAGGUAAUGAUGUGGAUCAGAUGCAGAAUGUCCUACAAGAUGUGCUCAUCCACUGCUGGGAGACACUACUCAAGAAGCAUUCACCAACUCUUCAAAUGAAUACUAGCUUCCAGGAUGUAUUGUUUAGAGCACUGGAUUACUAUGUGUUAGGCCGACUUCAUGAGGUGUUGUGGUGGCUAGUGUGCGAACGAUGCCAAGUGGUUGAUCAGCUGGUGAAGACAAGAUUAUCACACCUGCGUCAUGCUAAUCUCUCUGCUCUUCAGCUUGGUGUUCCACCUAAUUAUUACACUCCUCUUCCUGCAGCUGUGGUGGAAUUGGCCUCUCUGCCAAGUGUGGAGAGUGCUGUGGGCCGCCUUCAGUGUGUUAACUCAACGAUUGAUCUGAUCCAGGCUCAGGCUAAAGAAGCCAGGGUUACUCUGCAUCAGUAUAAAGACCAAGAAGGAGAACCCGAACUGGUGCUGAGUACCAAGGAGCUGGUGGCUCUUUUGACAACGGUUGUGGUACAAGCUCAGUGUUCCCACUUGGUAGCUAACAUAUACUACAUGACACACUUCGUCUUCUCCGUUACUGAAGAUGAUCCACUCUGGAAAAGCCUUGGUCUUUUACGACUCACUCUGGAGAACAUAAUGAAACUUGACGUUGCUCGCCUCCCACCCGCUAGCAAGAACAUGCGUAAAGAACUCUCACUGCAGGACCUCAUGCAGGUUAGUGCAGAAGUAGAGUCCAGAUUUGAAACUAAGGGAGCCAGUCGCAGUAUUGGAGAUAUUACUGCCUUGGACUUACAGCUUCAUCAAUUAACCCAACAAAUCCAGCUUUCUACACAAGCACUAUCUGAAACUCACUUGACUGAGAGAAAUUCGGCCAGUCGCAGAUCUGACCGUUCACCAAUGUCACCCACCCAAGACAGUGGCAAAGUACAGAGCUUUAGGGAGUUUCUGUCUGGCAUCCCAUCUUCACUACGGGAGAGCUUGCGGCGUAGACAGUCUCAGCAGAGAAGUGCUAUCCAGUCAUCACUUAAUGGAUAGCAGUGCAGGUGGCUCACAAGUUGCAACAUUGUUCUUUGUGCUCUUUUGAUAUCAUUCAGUAUUUUCUGAAUGCCCAAAGCAUUAAAAUCAUGUUGGUUAGAAGGUAAAUACAUCUGUGGAAAAUGUAAUUUAAAUAUGUAGAAUAUGUGGGGUAAUAUUUGUUGGUUACAGAUUUAAAGUUGAUUUUUGGCAGUUUCAUAUGUGAAUUGACAUGACUGAAUUGUGUUUCAGUAGGAGAUUAGUGCCUGUGGCUGUUAGGAUGUAUUUCAUACAAAUACCAAAUAACUAAUGUUGAUGACUUUAUGGAGACUUUAGUAUGAAACCUUAGUAGUUUUA